AUGGUGUACAAUUCGUUGAUUGACGCUCCUCACAACCUCAAGGAGGGCAUUGACUGGUUGCUAGCCCUGAAGGGAAAGGAUGCGAAAAAGAACUUGGCCGCUAUGGCUACUGCGCUUCACAAAUUUCUCGAAGACAAGCCGGUUGGAAAGAUGGAGUUGCCAGCUCUCGAGGAAGUUAAACGUAUUUCUAAGCAAUUCAUGGAGCAAAAGGAGCUUAAGGACCUGUUGCCCAUAGACUGGGUUCUGCGUAAAUUCAGUGACCGCAUAGACAAAACUAGCAUAUUCUAUAGGUACUUUGGGGCGGUAACCAAAAGCGAAUGUGAUAACGUCAUACAGACCAAGGGUAUCACCGCUGACGACAUUGCAAAGGACCUAGUUAAAGUUGUGGAUGGUUGUGACAAGUUCCUGAAGCAUAUGAAGAUUCCUGACCAGUACAAGUCUGCUUACAGUUCGAAAGCGACGUGGGCUAAAUCAUGCGCGAAGAACCCGGAAUCUUGCGCAGUCGUCCUCGUGGGUAUUGCGCCAAUGCUAUACGCAGGCCUGCGUUCUGUUUGGGAUUCUACAAUUGUUGCCAAUAAAAACGGGCAUGAAGGUGAUGCAGAGAAGCAAUUGGGAGAGGUACUGAAAGCCGUGGGUUACAAAGGGCCGGAAUUCCGCGCUGGCAUGGGCAGUUCAGACAUAACCAAGGCCCUAGAAGGUGUGGAGGCGGAUACAUUCCCCAUACUUUACGAUUUCGCUGCAUUCUGGGCGUUUUACUGA